CCAACACGUUUAGUGUCACCAGCAAGCACUCUUCGAAAACGUCGAGGAAAUAGUUUUGAAAUAGCUACUUUGCUUUGUAGCAUGCUAAUUGGCGCAGGCUACCCUGCAAUGGUAGUAUCUGGGGUUGCGCGGGCAGAGACAGUUUUCAAUGAUCAACGUAAUGUCCCAUAUCCACACCAAAUCAAAGAGAUCAAAACCGAAAAAAAGGAAAAUGCAAAAGUCUGGGCGGGACAAAAAUACAAACUACGUGCCAUGCCGGAUUUAGAAAGCCACCUAGAAGAAAAUAUUGUCGAAAUGAUGAAACAGAAAGAAGAAGACGAAAAACGAUUGCGGCUAGAAGCAGAACGUUUAGAGUUAGAGGAAAUGGAAUUGAUUGCUGUAGAUAGAUAUCACUUUAGACGGUCUCAUGCCUGGGUCGUAAUUGUUGAUAACGCUCCUUGGAGUAUCAAGCCAAAAAAAACAUACGUGAACGACGAGGGUGACGAGGUCCUCGCGCCACCAAAAGCGCAUUUUAUUGAGCCUUCCACAGGCUUCAUUUGUGAUACCCAUUGCAAGCAAUACAUUAUUAUUGAUAGUGUAUGGGAUCACCAAAAUUAUUACGUGAACAUGCAGAACUAUCAAAGGGUCAGUGAACUACGCUGGAAUUUACAAGAUACCAAAGAUUGGGAGCAUAUUCUCCCAGGAGAGCCGCCAGAAACGCGCUCGUUUACUGCCGGAUCUGAUGAAAACAUCUCAGAAAGCGUAAGAUUGAUAGGGGAAGAAAAACAUUUAGACACAAUACGGUCAUGGGUAGAUAAACUGCAUAUUGGUCUGAGAGAAUUCGAAGAAAGAUUUCCACACUUACAAAAAACUAUUAAUUACGCUGGUGCGGUCCACGAACGAUUUUCGCGAUAUUCUCAACACGAUGGAAAAUCUGAGCAAUUAACUCUCUAUAACGAUGAUGAGUAUAAAGAACCAAGCAUACGGUGGCAGUAUUAUGAAAAUAGGUCAGAUUUGCUCAAGCAAAUAAAACUAUUUUAUGAAAACGGAAAAAUAGAGGAAACAUUUUUUAAAGGUCGACACGACAGCCUUCGGUUCAUGGAGUACAACCGUGAUCCUAAUGAGCCAAAAAUAUUGCAUUUUUAUCCAGCUACGAGAGUUGACUCUUUGAAAAACCUUUCGGUCAGCAGUGAGAGAAUUGUUCUUAAUUACAGUAACCGUGCCGACCAUUGUACCUUAAAGGCGUUCGAAUUUAAACCAGGUGGACAAGCUUUGAAGAAAACAAUAGAAAAAUUUAAGCGUCAAACUAUUGGAUAUUUACCAGCAUAUAAAGACAUUGCAGAGCGAACACUCGAUUUUGACCAAGGCAAAAUUUUACUAAAAUUUCACUACGCUCUUGGAGCCUUGACCUCAUCAACGCUAUCAUUUACUAAACCAGGAAAACCAGAUUAUGGCCAUGAAAUACAAUUUGAUCCUCAACUUACAAAAUCUUACAAAGCAAACCUUUCCGAUCCUGAUCCCACGCCUUUGGAACUAUACAAGCUUUUAUUAGAAGAACUAAAGCAUGAACACAAAGUCAGGAAGCAAUUUGAUAAACUUAUUGAAGAAAUCAAUAGAAUAUUUGAUAUUCGCAAACAAGAAGUAAAGCGUCCUAUUCUGAAAUUCAGUAUAUUUGAUCCUUUGCGUAACGCAGCGGCCAAAGAAUUACGGAUGAGGAAGAAAUCAUGUUUUCAGGCUGCUGAAGAAGAAGCGUUUAAAUACGACAUGUCGAUCAAACCAGCAGAUUUUCUGGCGCCGUAUUUAAUACCAUACAAAAAGCGGUCACUCACAUAUGAAGAAUCAUGGGCAGCUUACAACGAAUGCUUAUAUGAACUCAAAACCCGGUUUGUGGGGCUAUUAAAUGAUCUUCAACGUCAAUACGAAGAUCUUACUGCUGAAGCUAAGUCACUUCAAAAUUUUUUAAAUAAAUUUGAAGACCAGUUUGAUAACUAUAAUUAUGAGAAACUUGUGGAGCAAGCAGACGUCAUCGCCUUACACAAGCGAAUGAUUCAACAACGAUUGACUUUAGCACAUGAAGAAUCACAAAAGAAAUAUGAAACUGUGAAAAAAUCUCUUCUGAGAGAUCCUCGUCUCAACUUAAAUCAUACAAUGUCCAAAGCAGAGGAUUAAAUAUAUAUACAUAUCUACCUAAAUACUCUAAAUCCCUUGAAAGCAAUAUAUCAAAUAAAUCUUUUUAUACCCUCGCAACAUGUUGCUACGGAGUAUAAUA